UAAGGUUUCUUGUGCUUGUACGAUUCAUUUAUAAUUCAGGCUGCAGUUGUAUCUCUCCAGUGUGUCUAAACUGAAACUUCAACCUUUACUGGACCUCCUUGAACACUCUUGCUGCCGAUUUUGCCGUCGGCUCUUUAAGCUAGCCAGAAAAUAUAAUCGGCAUGGGGGAAGUGGUGAGACGGCGGCCCAUCAUCGCCGGCAGGGAACGAGGACCCGGUCCCGGGCGUUACGCUCUUCCGCCCACUAUCGGUUACAUAAACCACGACUACACCAAACCCAGCAGCCCGGCCUAUUCCUUCCACAGCCGCAUGAGCAGCAACAUGGUGUCAGUGGAUUCCAGUCCAGGACCGCAGUAUCAUGUAGAUGCCAAAAUGACACGCUUUGGCAAAGAUGGUACGCCAUCGUACUCCAUGCUGGGUAGAAAGAAGAAGACAGCUGGUUCAUUCCAGACUCCUGGACCGGGAGCCUACAGUCCUGAGAAAGCUCCACCUUUGAACUUUCACCACAGACCUCCGUCUUACACCAUGGCCUUCCGCAUGCGCUACCGCAGUGUGGAUCCCGUACCCGCGCCCAACAGCUACACCUUACCCAACCUCUUCGGCUCUCACGUCCCAAACAAAUCCUCCAGCGCCAGCUUCAGCAUGUCAGCGCGCAGGACGGCCGGCGGUCCGUCAGAGGAUCUGUCCAUGACCCCAGGGCCCGGCCGCUACAACAGCACCGAUCCCAGUGUUUACUUGAACAGACAGCCUUCUUUUUCCAUGCAAAGCCGUCACAAUAUUCCCAUCGAUGCCAUGCGGAAGCCUGGCCCAGGCACGCACAGCCCGGAGAAGGUGACGGCACACCUGCCUCGCGCUCCGUCGUUCUCCCUGGGUGUCCGUCAUUCUGAGUUUGUUACGCCGCUGAUUGUUGACGUAUUAGACUGAAUUCAUGCGAUGCUAAAAACAGGAUUUGGCUGUUUAGAUGUUAAGGGAAAAAAUGAAGUGGAGUAUCAGGAACAGUCACAAUCUGCGAUAAAACGGUAUCGGUAUUAAUCAAUGGUAUCGAUAGCGAUGUUCGAUAUAGACCUUCUGUAGCUCCGCCCCUUUUCAGCGCUGUGCUUUUUGUGUGAAGAUGAGAUACGAUUUAUGAAUUUUAAAAUCUGACAUUUGAUAAGACAUCUGCUUCAAACAUUACAACGCUAUUUAACAAGCUGCGUUGCUGUGAGGUUCGGUUUGCCGUGUGACAUCAGAACACACAAACACACAUGAACAUGAGGCGAUGAGGGGAUUAUGAAUAUUAAAGGACAUGGUUUAAUCUAACAGCCAAUCACACAGCAGAAAUAAACUCAACAACAGCCAGUCAUGUUCUGUGUGUCGGUGUGAAUGAGUGCCGUAGUUUCGUCUGCUACACAAACUCAAACAAGUGUGACGCUCACUGUGUUUUCUGCUUCUGUUUCUCAAUAUAUGAAGACAUGAACUUCAUCUCCAGAGCCGCUUCUGAGAAUGACUUCACGAGAUUUUUACCGUUUCAUCUGAGAAAAACUACCGUCAAAUACACACUGAAAAGAUCUUCAUGACAAACCAUCAAAAUUAAAGUUUGGUUUAACUUGAAUAAAUAAUGACAGAAAUAUAUUACAAUUGUAUACUAAAAUGUAGUUCUUAAAGUUAUGGUACUAAUAUUAUUAUUUUUAAAAAAUAUUUACAGUUCUGUUGUGCAGUAUCUUAUCUGAUCAAAAAUAAAAAUGCAAUGUUUUGUUGUAAAUUAAUUGUUAUAUUUUCAUCUGAUUACAUUUUAAAAGAUUAAUAAACUGUUAAAGUUUUAUUAAUUUAUUUAAUUAGACACCAUUUUUGAUGAUAAAUUUGUAUUAAUUUAUGGAAUUUAGAAAAAUAAAUGAAUGGGAAAUAGAAUUUAGGGAAAAUAAAUGGAUUUCAUGGGGCCCUAAAUUAAAAGGUAUCUACUCUGUGAGUUUAACUGUGAACAAGCAAGUAAUGUUUCAUUCAUUCUAACACAUGGAAGCUUGUUUCCACCAUGAACUAAAAAAUAAAAAAGGUAAUUGCGACUUUUUUUUUCACAAUUGCAAGUUAAAAAAAGCCAGAAUUGCAUGAUAAAAACAUGCAAUUGCAAGAAAAAAGUUUGAAUUGCUUUAUAACUCGCAAUUCUGACUUUAUAACUUGCAAUUACAAAUUUAAAUCUCGCAGUUUGAGAAAUAAAGUCAGAAUUGUGAGAUAAAAAGUUGUAAUUAUCUUUUUUAUUUUUUUAUUUAGUGGUGGAAACAAGCUUCCAUACUAUCAAAUAUGUGGAAAACAUUUCCUUCCCAAUUAAUGCUAAAUGAAUAUUGUAAUAAAUAUCAAUACCAACUGAUAUGGGAAAAAACAUAUUGUGAUAAUAUUUUCUACAAAGAGAUUUAUUUUAUUAGCCACAAAAAAAGUGUCUCAUCCUUCUCUCUCUCAUUCAAAACCUUCUUUCUCUCUAACAUGAGAAGUUUUGAACUGGUCAAACCAGUUGUUUUUCCUCAUGCAAUUUCAGUUCAUGUGGAUUAUUUAAUUCCUUUAAUUAUUUUCUGAAUGGGCUCAUAAUAAUUGUUAUUGUUAAUGAAAAUUAAAACAAUUAAAAAUAUAUUUUUAAAUUGAAAUAAAUAACAAUCUAAUAAAAUAUAAAUAUUAGAUGAAAAACCAUAACCUUAACAAACUUAAAUGAAAAUACAAAAUGUUGCCUUUGCAACUAACUGAAAUAAGUUUAAGUCAAAGUGCUAAAAUGACUAAAGCUAAAAAUGUAUUAAAGCUAAAUAUAAAUAUUAAAAAAUAAAAAUGACAUAAGUACAGCAAACUUAGACCAACAAAAAUCUAAACGUAAACUAACCUUAAAAUAAAAAUAUCAACCUAAUUG